AUGUCACCUGACCCUCCUCCCACUCUAAUAUUUGGGUAUGGCUCCAUCCUGUGGAAACAAGAGUUUGAGCACCGCCGCAGCUUUCCGUCGUGUAUCCCCGGCUACAGGCGUGUGUUUUAUCAGGGCAGCACAGACCACCGUGGGGUGCCUGGCAAACCCGGACGCGUGGUGACGCUACUCCCAAGCGAUGCGCCCGACGCAUGGGUGGCAGGUGUUGCGUAUGAACUGCCAUCGGAGCCCACCGUGCGGGCGGCAAUCCUAGCCCAGCUUGACCAUCGUGAGCGUGGCGGGUACGAGCGCGUGGAGGUUACAUUGCAUAACCUACACAGCCAUGAGCCAAUUGCGUUGCCGCAAGGGGCUGUGUGUUUGUGUUACAUGGCGACAAAGGAAAACAGUGAGUAUUUGGGAGCAGCGACUGUGGAGAGUAUCGCGGCGCAGAUAUUGGAAACUGCGGGGGAUAGUGGUCCAAACUCGGAGUAUCUUCUCAACCUUGCCGCAGCUUUGCGAGCCUUGCAGGCGACAGAUGACCAUGUUUUUGCAGUUGAAGCAGCCGCACGACGAUUACUCAAGUGUGGCGGGGAAUAUUGA